AUGGAUGACCCGACCAGUCUCUGGAGCGAUGGGCUAGACUGCAAACUGGAUCCGGUUCGUGAUGCGCUUUACAAUUAUGACGCCGAUGCCCAAAAAGCCAUAAAUUCCGAUAAGCCGUGGGCCAGAGAUCCCAACUACUUCAAAUCUGUCCGAAUCAGUGCAAUUGCUCUGGUGAAAAUGGCCAUGCACGCUCGCUCAGGAGGCUCCAUUGAAAUCAUGGGAUUGAUGCAAGGCUACGUGGAUGGAACUGGCCUAGUUGUAACUGAUGCAUUCCGGCUACCUGUCGAAGGAACAGAGACUCGCGUGAACGCCCAAGACGAAGCAAAUGAAUAUCUCGUUGAAUAUUUGAAACUCUGCCGUGAUCAAGGGCGCAUGGAAAACGUUAUUGGAUGGUAUCAUUCUCAUCCUGGCUACGGUUGCUGGCUGAGCGGCAUCGACGUUGGCACCCAAGUGAUGCAGCAGGCCUUCAAUGAUCCGUUCGUCGCCGUUGUCGUUGAUCCCGAUAGGACGAUAAGUGCUGGGAAGGUGGAGAUUGGUGCCUUUAGAACUUAUCCCGAUAGCUACAAAGCAUCAGAGAAUGGUAUGGCUGUCAGUUCUGAUGGCUUCCAGGCGGUACCGCUCAGUAAAGCGAGCGACUUUGGUGCCCAUUCGAGUCGCUAUUACAGCCUGGAGAUUGAGCAUUUUAAAAGCUCACUUGACGCACACCUUCUCGAACUGCUCUGGAACAAAUAUUGGGUACAGACACUCUCUCAGAGUCCGCUUCUCACGAGUCGGGACUACGGAAACAAGCAAAUGCUCGAUCUUGGACACAAAAUCAAAGAUGUGACAGCCAGUAUCCAGAGGUCUGGUCGCGGUGCUGCACAGGCUGGCGGAAGUGGGUUAACAGCGGCAUACAGCGCUGGGCCAGCCGGAAAGUCGUUACACCAUGCUGCCGAAAAGGUUGAGCAUAACAGCAAGACGCUAGCAGCGACACAGAGGUCGGGGUUGAAGGCUGGCGAAGUUAAAGCUAGUAUAUUCUGUGGGGGUUCUGAAGUCUGCACAACUAGUACAGGACCGUGA